GACGGUGGUGUGCCUCGGGCUAUGGAAACCAAAGGUUCUGAACCACGGAAGCGGUCUGGAGUCGAGGUUGACAUUUCCUUGUCCUGUCUGCAAUGACACAUCACCAAAACAAAGACAAGACACAAGGACAGACAGGCAAAUUUACCGAGGGCAUCGAGAUGGCGAGUUUCAGACCCUUCGCCUCCAAGUGUAAUGCUCGACUACAGUAACCCAGACAGAGACAGCCAACGAACAACGCUGAAAGGGGCUACAGUGGCUACAAUGUUGUUACACAACACAAGACUAUUCAUCAUUCGAGGCCACUUGGUGCUUAUUGGACUUUACUUGCCCUUGAUAGUCGCGACGUCUCGACAGAGACAGGAAGCUCUUUCGCCCAUAGUUUCUGAUUGGGAAAGACAUAAUGCAACCUGAAAAUACCGGCAUUUCCGGAACCGGAGUAGAGAUUCCGCAUUGGUGUUGCAGAAAGCGAAGAGAACGAGGAGAGGAAGGAGAGAGAAUGUAACAGAAUCGAUAACACGU